CGGAAAUCGCGUUAAAAGUUCGCGUAAUUAUGAAGUGUAGUGAAUGUUUCUGGUGUCGACCAUAGCUUGUUAGCUGCUGAUUGUCUAAUAAAGUCGUAAUUGCACGACUUUUUGCGGGAAUGUUGAAUGUCACGAACAGUGUUCAAAUGUCACACCCCUAACUUUGCAAAAUUCGUUUGUGAAAUAGAUUUUCUGUGUGAAUUACGUUCUCAACAUGUGGCUUGAACCUUCACAGGUGGCAGGGACCCACAGUGCUAUUUAUGAAGCUUAUUAUCACCAAGUGGACCCAAAUGGCACAGGUGCAAUUCAAGCAUUGGAUGCUGCACGAUUCCUCAAAAAAUCACGACUCAGCGAUGUGGUGCUCAGCAAGAUAUGGGACCUGUCUGACCCCACAGGCAAAGGCUACUUGGACAAGGCGGGACUGUUCGUGGCGCUGAAGCUGGUUGCGCUGGCGCAGGCCGGCAAGGACAUCAACAUGAGUAACAUACACUCCGAGACGCCGCCACCCAAAGUCGGCGAGCUGCCGAAGGUGCCGCCGUCGACGGCGCCGGCGCGGCCCGCGGCGCCGUCGCCGUCGCCGGUGGCGCACGCGCCGCUCAGCGACUGGAGCAUCCGGCCCGCGGAGAGAGAAAAGUACAGCCAGCUGUUCGACUCGCUGCAGCCCAACAACGGGCUCAUCGCCGGGAACAAGGUGAAAGGAGUGCUGAUGGAGUCGAAGCUGCCCCUGGACACACUCGGCAAGAUCUGGGAUCUGGCGGAUCAGGACAAGGACGGCAUGCUUGACAGACACGAGUUUAUCGUCCCCCCCACACAGACGGCGCCCCUGGUGUCGGGUGCCCCCCUGCUGGCCGGGCCCCCCUCGGCGGGCAGCUGGGUGGUGACGCCGGCCGAGAAGGCGCAGUACGACGCGCAGUUCGCCGCGGCCGACACCGACAAGGACGGAUUCGUGUCCGGCAUUGAGAUCAAAAACACGUUCCUCGACAGCGGGUUGCCGCAGGCCACCCUUGCUCAUAUAUGGGCGCUGUGCGACACGGACAGCGUGGGCAAGCUGUCGAGCGAGCAGUUCGCGCUGGCCAUGUGGCUGGUGCGGCGCGCGCUGCGCGGGGAGGCGCCGCCCGCCGCGCUGCUGCCCGACAUGCUGCCGCCCAGCAAGAGGCCGCGCGCCCUGCAGAAACCAGAACCCGUAUCCCUCGGUCCACAGCCGACGCCGGAAAUGGAAGCUAUCGCGCGGGAAGUCGACGCGUUGGUUAGGGAAAGGUUGCAGUUGGACAGCGAGCUGACGGUGAAGCAGCGGGAGCUGACCGUUAAAAUUGGAGAAUGCAAUUCACUAGAAAAAGAGCUGGAGACGCUGACGGCGACGCAGAAGCAGCUGGAGAACCAAAAAGGCGAGGCGCAAAAGAGGCUGAACGAUCUGAAAGCGCAGGUAGGGUCCGGCCGCGCGGACGGCGGCCCGGCGCGAGCGCAGAGCGCGCGCUAACGGGUGCCCGCGCUCCGGCAGGUGGAGAAGCUGCGCGCGCAGGUGGCGGCGCAGGACGCGGCCCGCGCCGAGACCGAGGCCGAGGUGGCGGCGCGGCGCGCGGCGGCGCAGACGCUGAAGGAGCGCGAGCGCGCGCUGCAGCAGGAGGCGGCGGCGGCGCAGGCGCAGGCCGAGGCGCUGAACGCCGCGCAGAGCGCCACGGUGCUGGCCGUGAGCCAGGCGCGCCUGAAGAUCGACCACCUGGAGGAGCAGCUGGCGCAGCUGCAGGCCGCGGCCGAGGCGCUGGCGGCGCUGGCGCCCGGCGCGCCCGCGCAGCCGCGCCUGCUGGCGCUGCAGCCCGCCUUCGAGCCCGAGCACCUGGCGCGGCUGGUGCGCGGCGCCACGCCCAACGACGCGCUCGAGGACGACGGUUUCUCGAAAGGCAACGGAUUCGGCACCAUGAACGGCGGCUUCUCGGAGGACCCCUUUAAGCAGAAUUCCUCGUCGGGCGCCGCCAAUGACCCCUUCGCGCCCACGCACAACCCGCAGCCCGCACACGACGGGUUCAGCUCGGAUCCGUUCGCGAGUAGCGACCCCUUCGCCGGAGACGCGUUCGCGCCGCAGAACAGCGCUAAACAGAACGACAGCGCGUGGGAGAGCGACCCGUUCGCCGUGCUGCACGCGCCCACGCGCAGCAGCGCCGCGCCGGCGCCCAGCCACAAGACGCCCCCGCCGCGCCCCGCGCCGCCCCGGCCCAACCCGCCGGGCAAGACACGCAUCACGGACUUCACCGAAGACCCCUUCAAAGACUACCGUUACGAGGACCCCUUUAACAUCGAAGACCCCUUCGCCGACGUCACUGACGCUAGGCGUAUCGACACCGUUGCAAGACCACCCACUGUUGCCGGCUUUGAAACAGACGACUUGUUUUCACCGUCCUCAACCAUCAAUGGAAGCUUCACAUUACCUGAAAAACGAAGCGGAAGAGUCUCCGCGCCGCCUGUACCAUACGACCCCUUUGCGACACGCUCUGAUUUCAAACUAACCAAUACCACCGUUUCAUCGACCAAUAACAACAGUAAUAACGACACAUGGGCGGCGUGGCCUAAUGACAACUGGGCUACCGACGACGCGUGGUCGAAAUCGUCAUCGCAGACAAAUCAGAAAAAAGACGCGUGGGGCACGAAUACCAAUCAGAAAUCGGACUGGAAAACCGACAACUGGGCGAAUAAAACCGAUAAUUGGGCGACGAAAUCUGAUAACUGGGCGGCUGACUGGGACCAGAAUAAGAAUUUAAAUGAAACUUGGCCUUCGAACACGCUACCCAGUAAAAAAGAGAAGUCGCCUAAGCCGGUGAAGUACGCCAAGAGUUUGGUGCAUACGAUAGGCGGCAUAGGAAGAAACAAGGGUAACAAAGAGAAGAAAUCGAAGAGCGGGACGGUAGAAGCUAAGAGCGUGGAGUUCUUGCCUACGGAGGAGCAGCAAUGGGCGUGGGCCGCUGCGGAGUCCAAGCGCGCGGCUCAGGAGGAAGACGAACGAAGGAGAAGAGAAGACGCAGAACUCCAACUCGCAUUAGCAAUAUCGAGGCAAGAAAAGUGAGGUAAGACAAAUUGGUCCUUGCAUCGAUGGUGGUAGAAGACGGUAUUGUCGGUCUCGUAUCGAAUUAGUGGUUGUCGAAGGUUUGCUUAAUAUAUCGCCUUAUUUAUCACGGUUACCAGUGUUCGCUGACAUUACGAAGACAUCUAUAAUUCCCACGUGAUUUUUAAAAGACCAAGUUUUCGCUUUGCAUUUUGAUAAUUCGUCCAUUUGUUUAAGUAACGAUAUCAUAGCUUCAUUGCUUUCACAAAUAAUGUAUCCACGUAAUAAAACAAUAAUAGCGAAAAUAAAUAUUGUUCGAAUAGACAACAAUGUUGGUGGCGCGAAUAAUCUAGAAAUUAUAUCACUAGUCAAUUUUAAAGGGGUAUGAAAGGGUCCUAUUAUGAUAUUUUCGAUAUCGUUUUCGCUAUCGAAUUACUUGGUCGGCACAUUUCAUUGAAGCGAAAUGGUUUGGAAUAAAAGUCCUUGUGUCUGGACGGCGUCAUCAUGUCAUAGAAAUAUCAUUCGUGUGUAUAUGACUGUAGAAUUUGUAAUAUAUUGACUAUUGUCUGCUAAUGAGGCCUAAAGCUUCUGUGUAUAGUUCUUUAGUUAUUCUACAUAUAUUAUUUUGAUAGUUUUCUGUGUAUUUGAAGACGAGCUAAAGAAAUUAGAAUAUACAGUCGGACAAGAAGAUCAGUCAAUGAGAAUUGUAUAGUCUAUGAAUUUUAAACUAAUCUUCGAGUUUCGCUGCACACGGCUUUGUUACGUAUCAGCGGAAGUCUGGCUUAGUAUAGCGUUGGUAUGUCUAAUAAAAAUACUGCUCCAUGUAUAAACGGGAACGUUGUUUACGCAGCGUUGAAGCACGACUGAAUCCAGCAUCAAAAUUGCGGCUGUGUUUGUCAAAUACACAGAAUAAUUAUUUGUACAUUGUCAUUUUCCAUUCAGUCAAUAGAUUUUGUUUUUGUAUUUGUCAUGUAACAUAAUACUGAUAUUUUGAAUAGGCAUCACAUAGUUAUUGUGUUAAUAUCUAAUCAUAGAUGUACUUGUAUAUUACUUAGCUCCCAAAACUUACAUUUUAUUUUUCAAUAACGACGUAACGUGGUAUUAAGGCCCGGGCCUUAUUAGGCGUAUUUCGACGUCGUCUUCUCGAAAAUCGAUUGCUUCGAAUCGACGCCGUAUAGAUUGUUUUUACACUAUGAAACAAUUGGAUUUAAUUGUCGUUAUAUAUAUUUUUACUUUAGUUUAGUUAGCGGUAUUUUGCGAGAGGUAGUCCCUGAAGUGAUGGGUAGAACAAAUGUGUUGAACGUGUUCAUGCAGGGUGACCUCUGUAAGGUUGCGGGAUGUAAUAGAAAGCACGUUAUUGGUAGCUGGUAAUUAUUUUAGCUCAUUAUGUUUUAAUUAGGCAUCAAUAUAAUAUGUCAGCGCGUUUCAUUAUCAAGAGCACUAAAUAGUGACAAUUUAGUUCUUUAAAAGGGUACAUUUUGCCCUUUCCAAAUCUUAAAUUUCUAUCCUAAGGUUGCCUGGAAGAAAUUGCUACUUAGCAAUAAGGCCGCCUGUUGUACAUUGGCUUACUCUGUGAUACUUGCAUUGCU